GAGCACUUGAGUCGUUCGCUGGCUUUUCAGUCUUGCGAUUGCGCUUCAAGUGCCUAAAAGGAUAUUCCGUCCCACGUUUUUCCCUCGAAGCUUCACAGGCUCACGAGACGCCUAAUUGACACAAUGGCAGAGCUCUCUGCAAGCAGCAUCGGGCAAGUACUUCUUACCGUUAGCUGGUACCAGGUCGCCUCAGCCAUCGCAGGGAUAACAGCGCUUUCUCUGACAAGCAUGGUGCUCGUCUUGGGACUCUUGUUGUGGACUGCUCGCAAGGUCCACUUAAAAACAGUGAAGCAGCUUAACGACUUACCACAGUUCCGGCAACAGUUUCCCUUCCAAUUCCUGUGGACCUUGAAGAAGGCAUGCAAUCCGCCAGACUCGCCUGUCGCCUUCAGCAGUAUGUUGUUUGCAGCAGUGUCUGGAUUCCACGCCACAUUCCAGAAACACGGGCGGUACUUGGUGUACGUGGGAUUUACGCCAUUUUUGAUUAUCUAUAAGGAUGAAUACGUCGAGGAGGUUCUAUCAAGCAACAAAAUCUUGACGAAAGGACGCGAAUACAACCUCCUCCACAACUGGCUGGGAACAGGGCUGCUUACAAGUGCCGGUGAAAAGUGGCGUACAAGACGACGCCUUCUCACGCCUUCAUUUCACUUUCGAAUCCUCGAGGACUUCAUGCCCACCAUAAAUUCAGAAUCUAUGGUCCUAUCUAACAAGUUGGCCAUGUUGUCCCGGGAAAAUAAGACGUUCGACGUCGUGCCUCUUGUCACACUAUGCACUUUGGACAUCAUUUGUGAGACAAUUAUGGGGACGACUAUAAAUGCACAAUGCAAUGAAGACAGCCCAUACGUUGCAGCUGUGAACAGAAUGGGUGAGCUCUUUGUGGAGCGUCUCAUGAAGCCACUCUACACAGUGGACUUCAUAUAUAAGCUGACUCCGGCGGGCAGGGAAUUCCAGCGAUGCCUCCAGAUUUUGCACUCCUUCACACAUAAGGUGAUCGCCGAACGCAAGCAAGAGCUGCGCAAAGAGAUAGAAAGUGGCAUUAUGAGCCUCGAAGACACCCAGUCCGACGUCAGGCGCAACAAGACGCGCCCGUUUAUGGACAUCCUUCUUUUGGAACACUUCAAGAGCAACAUCACCGAGGAAGGCAUCCGGGAAGAGGUGGACACUUUCAUGUUCGAGGGUCACGACACAACAGCUAUGGGCAUCAGCUGGGCGCUGUUUCUCGUCGGCCACUACCAGGCGCAGCAGCGACUAAUUCACGAGGAGCUCGACUCCAUCUUCGGCGAAGACCGGGAGCGACACGUGACCAAGGAGGACCUCAAGCAGAUGAAGUACCUCGAGUGCGUGCUCAAGGAAUCCCAGCGCAUAUACCCAUCAGUGCCAAUGAUCACUAGAGAGUGUGUAGAACCAUUCACCAUAGGUGGCAAAACCCUCCCCAAGGGAACACUCGUGCAGAUCGCCAACUACUUCCUGCAUCGCGAUCCCAAGGUAUUUCCGAAGCCCGAGGAGUUCCACCCGGAGAGGUUUCUACCAGAGAACUGCAGAGGGCGCCAUCCGUAUGCCUACGUGCCUUUUUCAGCGGGUCCGCGAAACUGCAUCGGCCAAAAGUUUGCGUUAGCGGAAGAGAAGAUUGUGGUCGCCAACAUAUUGCGCCGCUUCAAGAUCGAAUCUCUUGAUCACCGAGACCAGGUGGCGCUUGCAUUCGAAAUGGUGCUUCGUCCUCGCAGUGGACUCAGGAUAAAAUUCACGCCUCGGUGAUUUCGUUCAUCCCAUCUUCAGAAUCGUACAGUAAUGCAUAAAUGACAUGUAGCUAAAUAUAUUUAUAGAAAUUGUGUGCUUUAGGAAUUGACAAACGCGUUAUUAAAAAAGCGUGUGAGU